UUUCAGUCGGUGCCCGAGAGAGGCGCGCAUAAAAUCCGAGACAUUAUUAACGUUAUAUAUAUAUUUUUUUAAUUUAUUUAUCUACAUUCUUGAUUUUACUUAAUUUCUUCCCGUUUUUGUUGAUCGCCUUGCUCAACCGGACGCCAGCCUAUAGUUGAAAAGAUUUAUCCGGUUAGAGUGAUGUGGUCUGUUUAACCGGAAUUGUGCGCGGAAAUUUUCGGUCGAAUCUUCACACGUUUGAUGCACGGGUGAGGGCGGCGCAGCAGGAGUGGCGAGAUGUCGUCGCUGUCAACCCGCGAGGACGCCCUCCGCCAGUUCGAGACUGGGCGGAUCCAGCACCUUCGGGACGAGCGCUUGGGCAUUCAGAAGAAGACCUUCACGAAAUGGAUGAACUCGUUUCUUAUCAAGGCGCGGUUGGAGGUGGUGGACCUCUUCACCGACUUGGCGGAUGGCAAGAUGCUGCUCAAGCUGCUCGAGAUCAUCUCGGGCGAGAAGCUUGGCAAGCCCAACAACGGCAAAAUGCGAGUGCACAAGAUCGAGAACGUUAACAAGUCGCUUGCUUUCCUUCACACAAAGGUCCGACUGGAGAGCAUCGGCGCCGAGGACAUCGUAGACGGGAAUCCACGCCUGAUUCUCGGCCUCAUCUGGACCAUCAUUCUCCGAUUCCAGAUUCAGGAGAUCGAAAUUGAUGUGGACGAAGAGAACGAAAGCAGCGAGAAGAAAUCCGCCAAAGAUGCCCUGCUGCUUUGGUGCCAGAGGAAGACGGCAGGGUACAGGGGCGUCAACAUCGAGGACUUUUCGCGAUCAUGGAGAGACGGCCUGGGCUUCAACGCCCUCAUCCACGCCCACCGUCCGGACAUCAUCGACUACAACAGCCUGGUGGCGAAGAACCACAUUCACAACCUCAACAAUGCUUUCAACGUUGCCCACGACGAGCUGGGCAUCGCCAAGAUCCUGGAUGCUGAAGAUGUGGACACCAACAAACCCGAUGAGAAGUCUAUCAUUACUUACGUGGCUUCGUACUACCACACCUUCGCCCGCAUGAAGAAUGAAUUGAAGGGCUCGAAGAGAAUUGCCAAUAUCAUGAACCAGAUGAAGGAUGUAGACGACAGCAAGAUGAAAUACGAGAAGAUCACCAGCACGCUGUUGGAGUGGAUCCUCAUGAAGAUCGUCGAAUUGGACAGCAGAGAAUUCCCCAACUCUCUAGAUGGCAUCCAGAAGUUGUUGUUGCAGUUCAAGAAGUACAGAACGGAAGAGAAGCCUCCCAAGUACAAGGAAAGAAGCGAGAUCGAGGCCCUCUUUUUCUCCAUCAACGCGAGCCUGAAAGCCCUGAACCAGCCUGCAUACACCCCAAAGGACGGUCAGAUGGUUCACGACAUCGAGCGAGAGUGGAACAGACUGGAGAAGGCCGAGCACCACAGGGAGGUCGCUCUCAGGGAGGAGCUACUUCGGCAGGAGAGGCUGGAGCAGCUGGCUUACAAAUUUGACAAGAAGAGCGUGCUACGAAGGGGAUACCUGGAGGAGAUGAUUCAGGUCUUGAGUGACCCUCGUUACGGCAGCAACCUGGCUCAGGUGGAAGCCACUGUCAAGAAACACGAAGCAAUCAGCGCUGAUAUUUUGGCUCGGCAAGAGAGAUUUGAAGAUCUCACAAAAAUGGCUGAUGAAUUGGACGCUGAGAAUUACCGUGGAAAGGACGCCAUCAGAAAGAAGGAAAAGGACAUCUUGAAGAAGUGGAGUGAACUGUUGGAUCUUCUUAACAAACACAAGGUUCACCUUCAGAACUGCUGCGACCUCGUGGCGAUCAUGAGAGAAGUAGACACCAUUACUGCAUCUAUCCGAGAACUGGAGGUGAGCUUCUGCUCAGACGAUGUAGGUCGUCACUUACUGGCAGUGGAGGACCUGCUGCAGAAGCACGCGCUGAUGGAGUCGCAGGUUCACUCGAUGGGAGAGACGAUCAAGAGGCUGAACAAACAGGGCGAGGCCUUCAUCAGCACGGGACACAAGGACGCGCCCGUCCUCCAGAAGAGACUCCAGGACCUCAACAAGGGGCACGAGGCUCUCCUCAAGAAGGCGGCCGAGCGCAGGGCGAGACUCGAGGAGGCCAGGGAUCUGUUCCAGUUCGAGGUCGACAUGGAGGAGGAGGAAGCUUGGGUCAUCGAGAAGCAGAGGAUCUGUCAGGCGGGCGUCACUGCCAAGGACAUCAGGGCAGUCCUGUCACUGCAGCAGAAACACAAGGAAGCCCUGUUUUUGAAGGCUCUCGAGGACGAGAUGCGAGCCCGACGACCCAAGUCAGAGAAGAUCAUGCGUUCGGGCGAAGCCAUGCUCAAGGCCGACCAUCCCGAGGCCAAAGCUAUAAGCGAGCGCAUCGCCGCCCUCAAGGACAAGUGGAAGGGCCUGGAGCACUACGCGGCCGAGAGGAGGAGGCAGCUGGAGGAUGCAGCGGAGGCUUGCUCGUUCAACGCCGACGCCAACGAGGUCGAAUCGUGGAUAAAGGAGAAGCUGCCACUCUGCCAGUCCAAGGACUACGGAGAAGACGAGCCCAGCGGCAUGGCUCUCCUUCAGCUGCACGUCCGCAUGGAGGAGGAGAUCAAGGCCUACGAUGGGGACGUCAAGGCUGUCAAUGCCCAAGGCCAGAAGCUCAUCAAGUCGGGCAUAUCCUCGCUGAAUAUCACGUCCCAGCAGCAGAUCCCAGCAGAGGACGAGGAAGAGUUCGAGUGGGUGGACGAGGUGAAGAUGGUCCCGCAGGAGGUCACGGUGGAAGAAGUGGUUGACGAUGUGGAAGAAGUGACGGUCAUGGAAGUGAGGGAAGUGCCCACGGUGGUCGCGAGGUAUGACUUCGAGGGCCAGGGCAUGCACAUGGCCAAGCGAGAGGUCUUGUUCCUGUUGAGCAAAACGAACGAUGAUUGGUGGAACGUGAGGAAGGCCAACGGAGACGAGGGCUUCGUGCCAGCCAAUUACGUGCGAGAAGGCCAGCCCAAGAAGAUCAACGUCCACGUCAAGAAGGAAGUGCGUGUUCCCAAGAAGAAGAUGGUGCCCAAAACCAAGAUGGUCAAACAGACCGUCAAAGUCAAGAAGAGGAAACCCAAGGCGCCUCCUCGAAGCAAGAAGGUAGUAGAGGAGCCGGAGACAGUUGAGAAGCGGCUACAGUUGAUCAACUCCUCUUAUAACCAGCUGUGCGACCUUGCGCAGAAGCGUCACCUCUACCUGGAGGAAUCCAUCAAGCUCUACUCCUUCUUCAGCGAGUGCCAAGGCUUUGAGCUGUGGAUGCGGGAGAAGGAGAAGCUCCUGAAGACGGACGACAAGGGCGAUACCGUCGAUGCCGCCAAGAAGAAGUUCGAGCAGUUCUUGACAGAUCUGUCGGCUGCGAGUCGCAGGAUCGAGAUCAUUGACAAGAUGGUGAAGGACUUCGUGGCCUCGGGUCACAGCCAACUGGAGAAGAUCAAGAACCGCCACAAGCAGAUCCAGGACCAGUGGGCCCACCUCAACCGCCUCAAACAGCAGAAGGAGCGAAGUCUGGAGGGCGCCUCGAGCGUGGAGCUGUUCCAUCGCACGUGCGACGAGACCAGGGACUGGAUGGUCGAGAAAAUGGAGAAACUAGACACGGAUGAACUGGGAAGAGACUUGAAAACAGUGCAGUCUCUUCAGCGGAAGCACGACCAGUUAGAGAGAGAACUGGCGCCAGUAGAAGAAAAGGUGCGCCGAGUUAACCUUCUCGCCGAUUCAGUGAAAGCGUCAUACCCCCGCGAGAGGCAUGCUGUAGAGGACCGACAGGAGGAGAUUCAGCAGUAUUGGGGACAACUCAAAGGAAAAGCACUGGAGAGGAGAAACCGUCUGGAAGAAGCUGUGGGACAACAGAUCUUCCUCAACUCUGCCAAGAGCUUGCUGAACUGGGUGGGUGAUGUUAAAAAUGCCCUGAACUCCGACGAGCCAGCACGUGACGUAACAACUGCAGAACACCUGCUGAAGAGUCACCAAGACCUUGGGGAUGACAUCAGGGCCCAUCAGGAUGAAUUCAAUGAGCUUGGCCAACUUGGAGAAAAGCUCCUGAAAAGAAACCCAGACUUUGGUGAAGUGAAAGAAAAGAUGGCUCAGCUUGGGGAGGAGCAAAGAGCAAUCCACCGUGGUUGGCAGGAGAAAGGCGACUGGCUGCGGCAGUGCAUGGACCUCCAGCUCUUCAACAGGGAGGCUGAUCAGAUCGAUGCUGCCACAAGCUCUCAUGAGACCUUCCUUGAUUACAAAGACCUUGGGAGUACCCUUGAUGACGUAGAAGCGCUCCUGAAACGACAUGACGAUUUCGAGAACACCUUGAUGGCUCAGGACGAAAGACUGCGAGUGUUCAGCGAGAUGGCAGACAAGCUCAUUGCUGCUGAACAUUACGAUGCUAAGUACAUAAAUGAGCGGAGAGAUCAGGUGCACGGCAGGCGAGCUGCUGUCAAGGAACGUGCCCUGGCUCGGCGAGAGCAGCUGAAUGGCUCGAUGGCCUAUCAGCAGUUCAAGGCAGACUCUGACGACUUUGACAAAUGGAUGUCAGAUAAGAAGAAAUUGGCUGAUGACGAAUCCUACAGAGACCUGAGCAACCUUGAACGUAAGCUGCAGAAACACGAGGCCUUCGAGAGGGAGCUCCAUGCCAACGAAGGCCAAUUGCGACGCCUGAACAAGACCGGCCAGGACCUGAUCGGGCUCAAACACUACCAGUCGGAUGAUAUCCGCCAGACGCUGGACGACCUCAACCAGAAGUGGAAGGACCUAUGCAGCAAGACGGAAGAGAAGGGCAUGAAGCUCCGUCAGGCCAACAGCCAGCACAUCUACAACAAAGACCUGGAGGAGACCGGGAAGGCUCUUGACGCCCUGGAGAAUGCUCUCAACAACAAGGACGUCGGGCAUGACCUCCGCUCGUGCAAGGAUCUGCUUAAUAACCAACAGAACCUGGAGAAUGAGAUGAACAACAUGGAGAGGAAGAUCUCGGAUAUGUGCGCCACGGGAGAUCAAAUGGUCCAAGAAGGACAUUUCGACGCAGACAACAUCGAACAGGCUUGUGCAUCUGCAAAGAAGAGAUUUGAGAAACUGAAGGACCCAGCUUCCCGACGCCGCGCUGCUCUGGAGGAAUCCCUGAGGUGGCACGAGUUCAACUUCGAGCUCGACGCUGAAAUGCAGUGGAUCAAGGAACACAUGCCUCUUGCAACAUCCACUGUCUUGGGACAAAACUUGCAUGAAGCUCAGAAUCUGAACAAGAAACACGCAAAACUGACAGCAGAAAUCCACGGCCAUCAACCACAGAUCAAGAAGACCCUUGCAAAGGGAGUCAAGCUGGAGGAGGAUGGACAUCCUGAGAAGAAAACGAUCAAUAAAAGGUGUGCCGAGCUUCAGGAAGCUUGGGAUGACUUGCUUGCUGAAGCCAGUGAGCGUCAGAGAAAGCUGGAGCUAAACCACAAGGCACAACAGUACUUCUUUGAGGUGGGAGAGAUUGAGACAUGGAUGAAUGAGAAGCGCAACAUCCUCCAGACCAAAGACUAUGGCAAGGAUGAGGACGUGGCUCGCAAGCUCCUUGCAAAACACAAGGGCCUGGAGCUGGAAAUUGAUACCUACAGUGGAAUAGUGAAGGAGAUGGGCACAGUGGCUGACCAGAUGAUAAAAUCCAGUCACCCCGAGUCCAAGCUGAUCAAGGACAGACAGCAGAUGCUAAACCAAGAAUUGAGAGACCUGCAGAAGCUGUCAGCUCACCUCAGACAAAAGCUCAUGGAAUCUAUGUACCGUCAUGAAUAUUUCCGUGAAGCUGAGGACUUGGAGAAGUGGAUUGCAGAGCAGAUGCAGACAGCAACAUCAGAGGACUUUGGACAAGAUUAUGAACAUCUGUUGCUUCUGCAAGCAAAGUUUGAUGAUUUCAAACACCGUGUUGAAGCUGGCUCUGAGCGUUUCAACCAGUGUGAAGAACUUGCCAAGAAACUUAUUGCAAAUGAAAGUCCUUAUGCUGCGGAGAUUGAGCGCAAGCAAGAACAGCUCAGUAAGGGAAGUCCGGCUUCUUCUCCUACUAAAAGCCAGGACCCGGCCAUCCAGGUGACUGCGUACCACAAGAAAGUUCGGGUGGCCUGGAACAGUCUCUUGGAGAACAUUGAAGCUAGGGACCAGAAACUGGAAGCUGCUGGUGAGAUCCACCGCUUCAACCGCGACGUGGCAGAGGCACUGGCAAGGAUUCAGGAGAAGUUCAAAUCCAUUCCUGAGGAUCUGGGCCGUGAUGUGAACUCGGUCCAGUCCCUGCUCAGGAAGCAUGAAGGUUUUGAGAAUGACCUGGUGGCACUGGAGGCCCAGUUGCAGGUACUGGUUGAUGACUCAGCAAGACUCCAAGCAGCUUACCCAGGCAGCAAUGCAGAACACAUUGCUGAGCAACAAGCACUUGUGAUUGAUAACUGGAACACACUUCAAGAGAAAGCCUCAAGGAGGAAGGAGGAGCUCCAUGCUGCAGCUGACCUUCAGAGAUUCUUAGCAGAUUCUCGUAACUUGAUCAAUUGGUCGAGUGAUUUGCGGGCAACAAUGAAGGCACAGGAGAAGGUGCGUGAUGCUGCUAGUGCUCAGGGCCUGAAGACUGAGCACGAGAGGAUCAAGGCUGAAAUUGAGGCCCGUGAAGAUGUGUUCAGCAAGGUGGUUGAGGCUGGACGAAUUAUGGUGGAAGAUAGACACUAUGCCAGCACUGAGGUGGAAGAGAGAGUGAACAAGGUCCUUGAAGAGAGAAACCAAUUGCAUGCAGCCUGGCAGCACAAGAAGGUGUACUUAGACCAGCUAAUAGACCUCCAAUUCUUCUUGAGAGACGCCAAGCAGCUUGACACCAUCAGCAGCACUCAAGAAGCUGCUCUGUCGACAGCUGACUUUGGAACAACCAUUGAACAGGUGGAUGCUCAGGUUAAGAAACACGAUGCCUUUGAGAAGCUAGUGUAUGCCCAAGAAGAGAAGCUAGAUACUUUGAAGAACCAUGGCUCAAAGCUCAUUGAACAGAACCACUUCGACUCCCCUCACAUCAAGAAGCGCAUUGACGAAGUGGUGUUGAGAAGAGGCCGUGUAAAAGAUGCCACAAAGGCACGUAAACAGCAACUAGAAGAUGCCCUCCUUCAUGCCCAGUUCAUCAGAGAUGUAGGUGAUGCCAACAUGUGGAUUGAUGAGAAAGUCAGUCAUUUGGAGGCAGCACGGACGAAGGAUGUCACCAGCUUUGAGGACAAGGUCAAGAAGCUGCAGAAGCACCAGGCCUUCAUGGCUGAACUUCAGGCACACGAGUCUAGGAUCAAGGAAAUUACUGAAAAUGGUGCAAUGCUUGUCAAGAAGAAGCAUAAGUCAUCAGCUGAAGUGAAGGAAGAGGUAGACCAUCUUGUAGAGAGAUGGACACAGCUGGUGCUUGAUGCUGAGAACCACUCCAGAGGCCUGGAGGAGGCUCAGGACAUCCUUGAAUUCAACACUCAGGUGGAGAAGGUUGAUGCUUGGAUUAGAGACAAAGAAAUGAUGGUCCAAGCAGGGGAUCUUGGUAAAGAUUACGAGCACUGCAUGGCUCUUCACCGCAAGCUGGAUGAUGUCGACUCUGACAUGCGUGUAGAUGAUGCCAGGUUCACAACCAUCAAUAGAUUAGCAGAUAAGAUCAUUAAGCAGGGCUGUGGUGACAACAAGGCUGUGCAGCAGAGAAGAAACGAACUGAAUCACAAGUGGCAGGCCCUGAAAGGUGCCAUUGAUGCCUAUCGCACAGAGCUUGCAGGAGCUUUGGAGAUCCAUGCCUUUAACCGUGAUGUUGAUGACACCAAAGCACGAAUUAGUGAGAAGGCUGUGAUCCUUGCCAAUGAAGACACUGGAAAGGACCUGACUCAGGUUGAGACUCUCCAGAGAAAGCAGGAGACCAUCAUCCGCGAUAUGUCAGCUAUUGAAAAGAAGAUCAAGGAGCAUGAAAAGGCUGCCUUUAACCUGGCCAAGAAGUACCCAGAUAUGAAGGAUCCCAUCCACAAGAAACAAGCUGAGGUUCUAGAGGCUUGGUCCAAACUCUGUGAUGGUUCUUUUGGCAGGAAAGAGAAGCUCUCGCUUUCCUACACGCUACAUAAGUUCCAGGCUGAUCUACGGGAACUGGAGAAGUGGGGAGAGGACAUUGUUAGCCGUAUGAAUGCAUCCCCACUGCCCAGCAACACCGCAGAAGCAGAGAUGCUACUGCAGAGUCAUCAAGAGAAGAAGGCUGAAAUUGAUGGACGAAAUGAAGUGUUUGAAGCUCUAAAAGAAUUUGGUGAGAAGCUUAUUGCAGAUGAUCAUUUUGCAAAGGAAUCCAUCAAGGUGAACCUAGAAACACUGGAUGAAGUGAAGAGCAAGGUCACCGUGUUUUGGACUGAGCGUGAGAAGGUCUUAUCUCAGGCUCAUCAGCUGCAAGUCUUCCUAGAGAUGUGUGAGCAAGCCAACUCAUGGCUAGCCAGCAAGGAGGCCUUCCUCAACAAUGAUGAUCUUGGGGAUUCUAUGGCAUCUGUGGAAGUGCUGAUCAAGAAACAUGAGAGCUUCGAGAAGACCUUUGAGGCCCAAGGCAACAAGAUUGAACAGCUGGAGAGCUUUGCCAAGGAGCUGCUAAAGAAUGACCACUACGAUAGUGAUGGCAUUCGAAGGCGCCUUGAUGUUGUGACUGCCAAGAGGGAUAGCCUGAAGGAAGCAGCACAUCAGAGAAGGCUAAAACUGAGGGAGUCCAAGUCACUGCAGCAGUUCUUGAGGAACAUCUAUGAACAGUUCUUGAGGAACAUCUAUGAAGUGGAAGGCUGGAUCUCAGAGAAAUUGCAGGUGGCAUGCGAUGAGAGCUACCGAGACCCCACCAACCUGCAGUCCAAGAUCCAGAAGCAUGGGGCAUUUGAGGCUGAAGUCCUCGCCAACUCGGGUCGUGUCAGUGCUGUGUCUCAGGAAGGUGAGAACCUUAUUUCCAAUGGUCACUAUGCUGAACAAGAAAUUCAAGCACGACUGGAUGGAUUGGAUUCUCUGUGGAAACAACUCCAGGACUCCUCACAGCUAAAGAAGGAUAGGCUGAAUGAGGCCUACCAGGCACUCCUUUUCAAUCGCACCUUGGAUGAUCUUGAGUCCUGGAUGGAUGAUGUGGAGACACAGUUGCAGUCAGAAGAUCAUGGCCGAGACUUGACCUCAGUCCAGAGUCUGCUGAAGAAGCAUCAGCAGCUGGAGAAUGACAUCGCCUCACACCAGAGUGAAGUGGAUCAGGCAAAGGAAGUGGCUCAGACAUUUGCUGUUGCCAAACAUUUCAUGAGCGAAGAGAUCACGGAAAGGGUUGAAGCAGUCACAAAGAGAUACAACUCCUUACAUGAGCCAGUACAUAUUCGCCACGAGAAUCUUGAGGAUGCGCUCCUACUUCAGCAACUCCUGCGAGAUAUAGAGGAUGAGCUCUUGUGGGUGGCAGAGAAGGAGCCCCUUGCUUCAAGCCAGGACCUUGGCUCUUCCUUAACAGCUGUGCAGAACCUCCAGAAGAAGCACCAGGCCUUGGAAGCAGAGAUCCAGUCUCAUGAACCAGUCAUUAACAGUGUAAAUAGUCGAUCACAGCAGAUGAUCCGUUCUGGACACUUUGCGUCGUCAGAUAUUGAGGAGAAGAUGAAACAGUUGCAGACACAGCUCUCACAGCUAAAGGACACAGCAAGUGUCAGAAGACUCCGGCUGUUGGAUGCAGUUGAAUCUCAGAUGUUCUAUUCUGAGGUCAAUGAAGCUGAGGCCUGGAUGCGAGAAAAGAGACCACUCGUUGUUUCACAAGAUUACGGGAAGGAUGAGACCUCUGUUGGAGCUCUGAUCAAGAAACUAGACAAUGUUGCAAGAGAUCUUGAUAGUUUCAAGACAACUGUGGAAAAACUGUCAGUCUUAUGUGUAAAACUUACUGAGAGAAGACACUUUGACAGUGAAAACAUUACCAAGAAAAUGACCCUAGUGAAUGAGCAGUAUGCAGAAAUGAAAACGCUACGAGAGAAGAGAGCCAAGCGACUGGAGGACAGUGGGAAGCUGUUCCGUUUCCUGCGUGAAAGUGAUGAAGUGGGCGAAUGGCUCAAUGACCAGAUGGCAAUAGCAGCAAGCGAGGAUUAUGGCAGAGACGUAGAGCAUGUUGAGAUCCUGAUCCAGAAGUUCGAGUCAUUCCUCACAGCAUUGAACGUCAAUGAGGAGAAACUGGGAACAGUCAAAGAAAAAGCUAAAGUGCUUAUCGAUGAAGGACAUCCAGAGCCAACAAAGAUCCAGGAAAAGGUGGAUGAGUUACAACAGUUAUGGGAUGACCUGAAGGAAUUGUCAACUGCAAGACAAGAGGCCCUUGCUGGAGCUAAGCAGGUACAUGUAUUUGACCGCAAUGCUGAUGAAACCAUUAGCUGGAUUGCUGAGAAGGAUGCAUUCAUUUCCUCUGAAGAUUAUGGCCAUGACUUGGAGACCAUUCAAGGUUUGGCAAGAAGACACCAAGGCUUUGAGAGAGAUUUGGCUGCUGUGAAAGAACAGGUAGAAUCAGUUGUCGAGGAAGCAAAGCGCUUGGCAGAUCUGUUCCCAGAUGCAAGAGAACACAUCUCAGUGAAGCAUGAGGAGACAGUUGAAGCCUGGAAUGACCUCCUCGAUAAGUCUGCUCAGCGUAAAGACAAGCUCUAUCAGGCUGAGAAACUACAGUCAUACUUUGAUGAUUACAGGGAACUUAUGGCUUGGCUGAAUGAAAUUCUUGCCAAGAUAACUGCUCCAGAAUUGCCAAAGGAUGUGCCAGGUGCCGAGGCUAUCAUCUCAAGGCACAAAGAAUACAAGACAGAAAUUGAUGCACGUGCUGAUGCCUUUGAAAAAUUCAGUGCUGCAGGCAAUGCACUAAUUGAUCAGGGCCAUUUCAUGGGAGAAGAAAUAUCAGAGAAGAUUGCAACAUUGGAGGCCAGAAGGAAGUUGUUGUUGGACACAUGGCAGAUGAGGAGCUCAAUUUAUGAACGCAACCAUGAUUUGAGGGUCUUCUUGCGAGACACACAGGUAUUUGAGGCCUGGAUAGAGUCUCGUGAAUCUGUUGUCAGAGAUGACCAGAUGGGAGACUCCAUCAUUGAGGUGGAGGAGCUGAUUCGCCGCCAUGACGACUUCCUCAAGACCAUUGAUGCUCAGGAAGACAAACUCGAACCAAUCAAGAGGUUCACUAUGAUUGAAGCAGAAUUCCAAGCGCAGAAGAAACGCGAGGAGGAUGCCAGGAAGGCAGAAGUGGCAAGAAAGGAACAGGAACGUAUGGAGAACAUGAAGAGAAAGGAAGUCCAGCGGAUUACGGAUGAACGUCGCCGGGAAGAUGAAAGACGUCGAACUCAAGAGAUCAAGUUCACCAAGGAGGACAUGGAACGCGUCCGCCUGUCCAUGAAUGGAGAAUAUGCCAAGUCACCCAGCAGAGACCAGGAUCCACAGUCGAGUUCCAGCUCUGAGGAAGCUGAGACCGCGAGCACUCCUGAGGGUCACCCAAGGUACCGGAUGCGCUCAAGUUCUCUGGGAGAGGUUUUUGUAAGGAAAGCGCUGGAGGUACCAGAUGGUGGCGGACUUCCAAGAUCAGGAUCGCAGACCAGCCUCAGCAGCCUAAAGAGAGGUAACAGUCUUCGCCAGGAACUGUUCCGGGCGAGUCCUUCUAACAGAGGUGCUGAUAUCAAGAGGGCAGAGAGCAUGAAAGUUGACCUGAAGAAGCCCAAGAGAACGCCUAGUUUCACCACAAGACGAAGAACACAGAGCUUCCGAAAGCACAAGCGCAUGGAGAACAUGGCUAAUCUCCCACCUGUUGAAAUCCAGGGCUACCUUGAGCGCAAGCAGGAGUUGCAGAGUGGAGGCAAGAAGGCAACCAUCAGAUCCUGGAAGACAUUCUAUACAGUUCUCUGUGGCCAGUUGCUAUGCUUCUUCAAGGAUGAGGAAGACUUCUACGACCAGAAGGCUGCAUCGUCCCCCAUCUCUAUUCACCAAGCAGGAGUAGAGAAGGCAGAAGAUUACACCAAGAAGAAGCAUGUAUUCAGGGUGAUUACAAGGGACAAUGCCGAAUACCUCUUUUUGGCUGAGUCUGACGAGAACCUGGAGGAAUGGGUGACCAAAUUAGGGUUCCACGCUCAGCUUCCUCCUUCCAUGCAGCUCAUGUCCUAUGACAACCACAAGGAAGGGGAUGUGGGCAGCGACCUGGUGGCAGUUCCUUCCCGGGACUCGGACAACUCUUCUGGCCACUCCACCCCUGAAGUCCGUCACCGUGGGGCUGUGAGUUCCCAUCCGCAGGGGGCUGGAGGAGGCCUAGACCCCACAAGGCCACACUCACAGGCCCUUGACAAUCCCCUGUAUGCGAACCUGGAGCAUAUGCAGGAUAAGACGAAACCGCCAGUGCCUCCCCGUUGCAGCUCGAGUAGUAAUAGGUCAUCACGCUCAUCCCUAGGAGAGGAAGGCCCUAUUUACCAAAACCGCAUUUCUGUUGUUCCAUCUUACGAGGUAACUCCUCCUGAGAACACUUACCAGAAUUACCCACCAGACAGACCCAAUGGACACAGACGGGAUUCAUCUGAAAACAUGAAUGGUGACGACCUGCCCCCACUGCCCAGUUCAGCCCCUCCUCUGGUGAUGGCCCGACCCCCCGUGCCCCCUAGCCGGGCCAGGUACACAGAGCACACGUGGGUGGGUGGGCCACACCAGCCCAGCAUGCCCCAUCAUGGGGGUGGGCCGCACUACGGGCAGCCGAUGGGUCACACAGUUAGCCACCACCAUCAGCAGGUAGCCCAGCACCACAUGGGACAGGGCACCCACUAUUCCUCCCAGAUGACUCGGGUGACCCACCACCAGUAUGCAUACACCUCACAGGGUACAUCCCAUCAUCCAGACUCCUCAGAUGGUGUUCCUGGGAGCAGGCAGCCAUAUUCCGAGUACUCUCCCCGAACCAUGUCUCUACCCCAGGGUAGCAGUCUCCCUCCUGGUGCCUCUAUCCCACCUGGUAGCGGACCCACGCCUUCCCAUCGCUACUCCACCAUUGACAGACAAGGCCUCAGUGAAAGCUCCUCUGAGGGUGAUGUCCCUGUGUCAGCCAAUAAGAAAGAGAAGGAGAAGAAAGGUUCUGUAUUUAAGUUCUUUGGGCGGAGAAAGGGUGCCCAAGUUUAGUUUUUCUUUUUUCUUUCCUUUUUUUUUUUUGUGACAACCAAAUAUUUUUUAUUAUAAAGGAAGUUAUGAUAUAGUUAAUAUUCUUAUAUAUGAUUUUUUUUUGUGCCACUUAGGAAUAUGCAUUUGAAAUUUAAUUAUUUAUGGCUUUAGAGAAACAUUCCCCCCCUCCCCUCUCCCGGAUUGCUAAUAAAAAGAUGUUUGUUAUACAUCGCCCAAAGAUGUACCUGAAUGGCUGUAACAUUAGCCUCUGUGUCAAGAAAUUAAUGCAAUACCUCUCUGAAAUUUGUCUCAGCUUUGUCCCACUGUGACAAAAUGAAGAUUGGUAUGCAAAUAUAAAAACAGGCCAUCUCAGAUAAUUUACAAUUUGAUAAUCGUUUACAUUUAUAAAAUGAAUGUAUGCUUGAAUGAAGGUUGCUUUUACAAAUUCACAGGAAUGUGAAUAUAAGCUUUUAUUUGACUGACUAAAGCAGAAAUUAGUGUCUUAUUUGAGUGCCUGCUCUUGUUGGAAUCUCUGUUCUUUAACAGAGUAGAAAUGAAAUUCUUGUAAAGUUGUUCAGUCUCUGAAAUGUAUGUUUAAUAAUUCAGAUUUAGGGUAUAAGAACAGCUAAUUAUAGUUAUGGCUUCUCUUUUAUUACUGUCAAAGUGAUUAAUAUCAAAUCUUUCCAAGUCUUCAAACAUUUUCUUUUUCUUUAUCUGUAUAUAAUUAUAUAAAUAUUGUUCAAAUCAAAUUAUUGUUGAGUGAAGCAAGAAUGUAUGUGGAAAAGGUAUUAUGUGUUGCAAAAUGUAAUGUUGCUAAUACAAAUAUGAUUUAGA